CCCCGGUUUCACAAAAAUACUUAAGUAUGUUGUAUUGACUUAAACUCAAUUACGUACUCAUUUUACAACUUAAGUUGAGUAACAAUUUGAGUUGUGUUUCACGAAACUUUAAUCAACUCAUCAAAAUACUCAAGGCUUGAGUUGAGUCUGAUAAUUUGAGACAGCUAAGAAGCUACCUUAAAUUACUACUCAAAUAUGGCAGACUUUAUGAGACGCAUCGAGCGUAUUCGCAGACGCCGUCGUUUAAAUACUGUUGUCGAGAGAUUUAUACCCGACAGAAUUAAUCCUAUGGAAUUUCUGUCACGUACAGAAGUGAGGGAACGAUAUCGAUUCGAACCAGAGUCCAUACUCUUCAUGCUACAGCUCAUUUCCAAUUCUAUAGAGUUUGACACGUUCAGAUCGUCUCCCCUCCCACCCAUUAUUUCUCUUCUUAUGACGCUGAAUUUUUUCGCUAGCGGGGCGCAUUAUGUAAUUAUUGGAGACAGACAUGGCGUUUCUAAGUCUUCGGUAUCAAGGGCCAUCAAGAGAACCUCAACGGCCAUAUGUUCUCUAAGGGAGAGAUACAUCCAUUUCCCUUCUAACCACGACAUUCCAGCUGUACAACGGGAGUUCUACAACAUUGCAAAGUUUCCAAAAGUGAUUGGCGUAAUUGAUGGAACACAGAUUAGGAUAAAAGGACCCAGUGAGAAUGAAGCAGACUUUGUAAACAGAAAAGGUUACCAUUCUAUAAAUGUACAGAUGGUGUGUGAUGCAAGAUUCAGAGUAACUAAUGUUGUGGCAAAGUGGCCAGGGAGUGUGCAUGACAGCCGAAUUUUCAGGGAAUCAGAAUUGUGUAGAAAGUUUGAGAAUGGAGAAAUAGAUGGACUUCUGCUUGGAGACUCUGGGUACCCAUGCAAACAGUACUUAAUGACACCAUAUAUGAAUCCCCAAACUGCUGCUCAAGAAAGAUUCAAUUCAUCAUUAACAAAAACGAGGGUUACAGUAGAGCAGACAUUUGGAGUCAUGAAGAGGCGUUUCCCUUGUUUGAGUUACGGACUGAGGGUGAAAACCUGCCACACACCACAGGUUAUCGUUUCCUGUGUCAUUUUACAUAAUUUUGGGAUGGAGAGUGGCGACACAUUUGAAAGACUAGUUAGUUUGACUUUUGAGUCUCCAGAUAAUGUUGAUUUACAAAAUGACCAAGCUGGAGCCAGGUAUAGGGAUGUUUUUGCAUCUACAUACUUUGCCUGA